CCCAUCACCACCACCGAAUUUAUGCGCAUUGCAUUACGUUAACCCUCCUAAUCCUACUGACGGAUCAAAUAUCUCUCGAAAUGUCCUCACAUCGUCUCUUCCGCUUCGACAUCCACAAGCCCGCCUGGCUAAACAGCGCCAGUACUAGGACCGCAGGCGUCUAUCUUGCGGGUGCACUUUUUUCUCUCGGCUUCUUCUUUUUCAUCGAUGCCAGCGUCUACUCGAAAUCUCCCCUUAACGGCUCACACGUGCACAUCAACUUCGUCGACUGGAUCCCGUUCAUCUGCUCGGCACUGGGGAUGCUCGUGAUCAAUAGCAUCGAGAAGUCCCGCCUAAGUGCCGACAGCUUCUCGUACAGUGGGAACGGUGUCGCCUGGAAGGCGCGCACGGUGCUGUUUCUGGGAUUUGCGCUCAUGGCGGGCGGACUAGCCGGCAGUGUCACGGUCAUGGUGCUGAAAUAUUUGUUCAACGACUACGCGCUUACAACGGUUUAUAUGGGCGUUGCGAACGUCGUGGCGAAUGGACUGGUCAUGCUCAGUAGUGUGGUGCUGUGGGUGAGCCAGAAUAUGGAGGAUGACUAUACGUAUAACUUGCAGCUGUGAGGAUGCGAAGGUACUGGAUGGAGGGCAAAGUGGACCAUAUCAGGACUCCUCAACGUUGCAAGGACGAUUGCAUCGGAGACCGAUGGCAACGGCACUAUCGUAUGAAACAAAGUUUUAAGCAAGCAUCAGCGUAUAGGUCAAGGACUACGGAGUACAAGUUUAUGGUAUUCAUUCCAUGUCAUGAUACAUUUGCUGAGCAAGGCUGGACUCUGCUUUUCUUUUCCUUGGCCUUCGGCUAGUAAUACGAAAUACUUUCCAUGCGUCCAUCGAGUAGCGCUGUAUACAAGCGAGACUCAUUCGGAUCUGG